ACAUGUAAACAUGUUUUUCCUUAUCUCGCUGUCCUAGAGCUCAGUGAAGAAACUAAAAAGUUCAACAAAAUUUGAAUUUUGAGCAUAAAGUUGCACAAAAUUCUGCGCUUCACAAUGUGAAUUCCGUUUCCAUCAUUCUAGUGCUGUUUUUAUACGUGACAAUCCACAAAAUGAACCAAUCCGCCGAACGUGCCAUCCUAAACGCCACCAGCUAUUCGCUGGGGGACUGGUCCCGCUCCAGCACUACUAACGCACUCGAUGAUAGCGAAAUAUGCGACGAAAGUGUACUGCAGCUGCUGGACAAACCCUUUUCGCAGCUGGUCGAUGGAAUGCAGCUCCGGAGGAAUGACCGCUACGCAGGCUUUGACAACAAUGCCGGCAACAGCUGGAUCUAUCCUACCAAUUAUCCCGUGCGGAAGUAUCAAUUUUCCAUCACCCAAGCGGCACUGUUCAAAAACACCCUGGUGGUUCUGCCGACUGGUCUGGGGAAAACAUUUAUCGCGGCCGUAGUGAUGUAUAAUAUCUAUCGGUGGUAUCCUACCGGGAAGGUGAUAUUUAUGGCACCUACUAGACCGCUGGUAAAUCAGCAGAUAGAAGCUUGCUACAAAAUAAUGGGCAUUCCGAAGGCAGAUACGGCGGAGAUGACAGGCCGGCAGCAGAAGAAGAAUCGUACUGGUUUGUGGCAGGAGAAGCGGGUUUUCUUCGUUACGCCGCAAGUUGUUCAAGCAGACAUCAACGCUCCGGAGCAAAAUUUUCCCACCGAAAGCGUCAAGCUGAUAGUGAUCGACGAGGCUCACAAAGCCAAAGGACGGUACGCUUACACCGAAGUCAUCAGAACCAUUUCGGCCACCAACCGAAACUUUCGUAUCCUAGCGCUUUCUGCGACCCCCGGCCGGACACUGGAAGACGUAGCAGAGGUAAUUAAAAACCUACUGAUCGCACACAUCGAGGUACGCUGGGAGAAUUCGAUUGACGUGUCACCGUACACGUUCAAAAAGAACAUUCGAACGAUCGUAAUCCCGUUGGGUCCGACGUUGACAAAGAUACGAGACGAUUACAUCCAGGUGGUGGAUCCGUACGUCCGUCGUCUGCUGGAUGCGAACGUAAUCUCCGGUCACAGUGGGUCACUUAGUCGGGGAUGGUUGAUAAUGGAGCAGAAACGGUUUCGGGAGGCGUCUCUCAUUAGCAGGCAUCCGAACCAUUCGAACAUUAGUUCGGAUUUUUGUGCCAGUAUCAGUUUGUACCAUGCGAUGGAACUGCUGCUUCGGCAUGGAACGCGGGCGUUUCUUAACUUUUUUGAAGAUGAAGGCAGCAAUGCUGAGAAGUAUUUGGUGAUGAAGGAUCCUCGGUUGAAGGCUUUUCUUGAGGAGCUAAGGGCGACUUACGGCAGGAAUCCGUUGGCAAUUUUCAAUAAUGCUGGGGUCAUGCCGAACGGGGCUGUUCCGAAGAUUGCAGCCGAUGAAAGCAUUGAUUUUGGACAUCCGAAGUUUGGUAUAUUGGAGAGGAACUUGAAGGAACAUUUUCAGAACAAUCCGGAUUCGAAAGUGAUAAUUUUCUGUGAAUUUCGGGAAUCAGUGGCGAUGAUUCACCGAUUGCUGUUGCAAAAUAGGCCGUUAAUCAAACCAAAAUGUAUCGUAGGUCAGGGCGGAACUGGCGGUGGCGGCGUUCUCCGAGCCGUUACCCAAAAAGAACAGAUCGCUGCCAUGAAGGACUUCCGGUCGGGCCAGUGUAACACUCUGAUCGCUACUUCCGUGGCCGAGGAAGGCAUUGAUGUAGGUGAGGUCGAUCUGAUCAUCUGUUUCGACAUCACGAAAAAUCCUACCCGUUUCGUACAACGAAUCGGUCGAACGGGAAGACAACGGGUAGGGCGCGUCCUGAUGCUGGUGACGGAAGGAAAGGAACACGACACACUGAAGGAGGUGCUGGCAUCGAAGGAUAAAACCAAUCAGAAGUUGUCCAGAAGUCGGGAGAUUCUGGGUGUGUUGUACCGGCAGUCACCUCGGUUGGUGCCGCCGGAGUUCGAUCCGAAGUGUGUCGAGACUUUCAUAAAGAUUCCUGAGGAAGCGGCUGAAGCAAAGGGUGAAAAAGAAACAAAAAGAGGGAAGAAGCGAAAGUCGAUUCUGGUAGAGGAGGACGGUGAACAUCAAGACAACGAAGCAACCCCGGCGACCACUAGAAAGAGAAGGAAAAAGCAAGACGAAGGGCUUCGAGGGACUCAAGAUGUGAGGAACUUUUUCCGUAAGGUUGACACGGAUUUGGACGUCAGCGAAAGAGAGAUCUUCUCGAGUCCUCCGACGAAAGAUAGUUCGACGGAUUCGACGGUUAAUGGUAACAGAAGUUUUGCGGUACCCGUGGACACUUCGAUUCGGUUAGGAAAAACAGAACAAGAGCAGCAGCUGGAGAAGUUAAUGAAACCGCUUCUCCGGCAUAAGGCACAGAUAGAACGUGGUAAAUUUAUCAAAGAAGGAAAAAUGAUUGCGCUGCGAGAGGAAAAGGUCUACAAUUCAGUAGUUUGCCCGAAUCCGCUGAAGAAAUAUUUUCUAGAAUCGAACGUGAAGCAGCUAAGAGACAUGAUGGAGAAGACUGACGCUUUACAGGUUGCCCUGGGGGAAAGUGACGAUGAUGAUCUGAUCAUUCUCGACGAUAACGGUGACUGUCUGAAGUCUGAGAUGCGAAUUGUUGAAAAUCUUUUCGAGGGAAGGACGGCUCUGAAAGAACGUGUUGAAGCUAUUGAGGAUCAUAAAGCUAUCAUCAGUCGUUUAAGCCGCAUCAAGCCGCUUAGAAAACCGUUUCAAGGUGAGAUCAGUAAUGAUCAAGUAUCGAAGUUCAACGAACUCUUCAAUCGAUUUUCUACCCAUUGCGUUAACAAGAACUAUGCAGAGGAGCAAUUCGAAAACAAACCACCCGAACCAUCACCUUCAGCCCAAUAUGCUGAUGAUCCAAGCACCUCCAAUUUGUUCGAUUCUCAGUUCUAUCUUCCCACACUGAUAGAACCGGACGAAUCUAGCUAUCAACCCGUAGUCCCAGAACUGCCCCCUGAACCACCUCCGAAACAGGACCACACACCAAUUAAUCGUAACAAGUCAAAAUUCCGCGUUUCUGAGCUCCCUAAAAACAUCAAACGAACACCACCGGACAUGGCGAACAGUCCCCUACUAAGAGCAUUCAAUCGUUCUGUUCAGAAAGCCAAAAAUUCGGAUGACAUUUCUCCCUUAUCCACUCGUUCAACAAAUCUAAACUUUCAAAUGGUGCUGGAAUUUUUCGGUUUGAAUGAUCUAGAUCAGAUGUUUGAGGAAACUGUUGGUCAGAGACAAGAUAGUAAAUUCCGUAACCGAUUGGAAGCCAUAGGAGUAAACGAGAAAUCACUGGAUUGCGAUAGCACUUUGACUCAACAAAUCGCCGAGCUGAGCAGGAAUUUAUUCGAUUGUAAAGAACUGAACCUAGAAGUACAGGAAGCUUCAUUCCUGGCGAAGAAAUACUCCAAUACUGAUCAGAAAGUUACAGAAGCGAAGGAACCUGAGGAGAUCAUUUCUCAAAGGGAAUUGGAUCUGUUGGAGGCAGACCUUCUGGAGGAUGAUUUCGCUGUUAUUGAAGCGAUACCGGAAGAAGCGUCAGUCCCAAGGCAACCUUCACGACAGGAGAUCCCGAUGGACGAAUUUCUCAAUGGCUUCUCGGAUGAUGAACCCCCAGUGAAACCAACUUCUUCUGCCAUAAGCAACUAUUCCGUUUCAAAUAGCAGUCAAGGACGUAGACGAGAAUUGAAUUUGGGCAUUCAAAGCUGCCUGGAAGAGCUGUUGGAAGACGAUUUUGAAAGACCAUCAAAAUCCGAUGUUGAAAGUGAUGAGAUUAUUCCAAAUUCGCAGGAAGUUCAAUCGAGCCUUCCUAAAACGUCUCAGAAAAAUUUGGAUAUUGGGAACUUGGAGGAUCUGCUCGCCGAUAGCGACGAUGAUUUGUUCGGUUGCAGUCAAGGUUCUAGUCAAGGUCGUGCUACUUCAGAACUGGGUAAUGUGUUCGACAAUGGCGAAAACAAUACGGACCAAUAUCUAGAAGUUAACAACCCGACCUCACAGAAGGAGAAUGAGCCAAUAGAAGUAAACCGAAUAGAACAACCGUGGAAGGAAAUGCUUCCGGUCACACCGACUUCCGCUAGAAAGCAAGCAUCAUCAAACCAUGAAGCGCCAAAGACAUGCGAGGAAAAAUCACCAUCGCUGCUGAGAAAGAAACUGAAUUUCUCCCGCCUACGACUUGGCAAAACUAGCGACGAUUCCGGUAAAUUGGAACUGAAUUCCGCUCCCGUAGAUAGAGCCUUAUCCAAUGGAGUUGUCAAGUCGGCUUUCUUUUCAUCCUGUCGGCCGGCAGAGAGGGACUCAUUACCUCAGGUCAGGCAAGCGCUAGAACGGAGACACAGCUUCAAUCGGAAGAAUGCGCCGUCUGAUGGCAUCACUCCAAUCGAUACGUCAGUGAUUGCGCCGCGGACUAAACGGAAAGCGAUCAUCAGUAGCGAUUCGGACGGUGCGAAAUCCAAUUCGAAAAGCGAAGAGGAAGGCGUCUUUCAAACGGCUAAAUCGAACCUAAAAUCAUCGACGGAAACAAGACCAUCGGCAUCGUGCCGUGGUCCAACUCAUCGGAAGAAGCGACGAAAACGAAGAAACGAUGCAUGUGCGUUUCUGCUUAGCCAGGCAGCUGUUUCCGACGAUGGCGAGGAGUACAGUGACGACGAGGAAGAUGUUCUAACGCAGUUGGUAGACGAUUCCAUCAUCCACCAUGGGCCAGAUGAGGAAGAUGCCGUUGAUAUGAGGGCAAAAUAUUUGCAAUCUGUGAGGAGCCCCGUCCGCCAAGGGGGAUUCAGAAUUCCAGCUGCUCCUACGCGAUUCAUGAACAUCUCGGAUAUCUACUCCCAGGUGCCGAACGGAGAACAGUCACGCUACGAGGAAUGUUCCUUCAUUGUGCAUGAAGAUGAAGUGGCUGACGAUGGUGAUCAUGAGGAGCAGACCGAGACCGAAUCAGAACUGGACGAACUGGAACGGGCGGAAGCUAUAUUGCAGGAGCGUCGUCGAGCGAAGCGGUUGGAGAAAGCAGUACCCAAGGCAAAGCGAAGGAGAAAAAUUGUUACGAUUGGAAGCGAUAGUGAGCAGAGCUCGAACGAGGGAGAUGAGCUGAAAGCGCUGCGGGAACAGAUGCGGUCGGGAUCGGAGGGGUCGCAGUAAGGUACGUUUUUUAAGUUGUUCUAUGUUUUUCUGUACAUAU